AGAUGACUGCAAAGAUGAAUGGGUACUCAACAACGGCAUCCGAGGGGAUCAACGGGAAGGAAAACAGUGAGCCCAAACAACGCCAUAAACUUCUCACUGUUCCAAAAGAACCUUUCAAAUGGUUCAACGGAUUUCUCACUCUCCAGACAAGAAUGGAAGGAGACGAAGACGACUGGUUCUUCAGAGAAGAGCCUCAUACGGGACGUCGAAAAGAAAUUCUAGACAAACAUCCGGAGAUUAAAUCUUUGAUGGGUCCCGACCCUUGGAUUGUUGUCCCCGUUACAUUUUCGGUGAUCUCUCAACUCUUCUUGGUCUGGCUCGUCAAAGAUUGCUCCUGGUGGACUGUCACACUAUUCGCAUACGGUAUAGGAGCUUGCUUCAAUCAUUCUCUCGGCGCUGCCAUCCACGAAAUUGGUCACAACUUAGCUUUUGGACAUGGCAAGCGGGCUUGGUGGAAUAGAGUGUUGAGUAUCUGGUGUAACUUGCCUCUUGGGGUUCCUAUGGCAAUUACGUACAAGAAGUACCAUGCUGACCAUCAUAGGUACCUCGGAGAGGAAAUGCAGGAUGUAGACAUUCCAACACGCUUAGAGGCCUGGUUAUUUCGCCGCCCAAUCACAAAACUCAUAUGGGUUAUUAUACAUCCAGCACUGCACGGAAUUAGGCCUUUUUACAAAAGCCCGAAACCUAUGGAAUUUUGGGAAGUUAUCAACACCAUAAUCCAGUUCCUUUUUGACUUCCUUGUAUUCCAGGUUUUCGGCAUCAAAGCUCUCGGAUAUAUGGUGAUUGGAACGCUUUUCGGAACAGGAAUUCACCCUCUUACAGGGCACUUCAUCUCAGAACAUUAUCUGUUCACCAAGGGUCAAGCUACUCACUGUUAUUAUGGACCCCUUAAUUUCAUUCUGUACAACGUCGGUUACCACAAUGAGCACCACGACUUUCCCUACAUCCCUUACACACGUCUACCGGAAGUCAAACGACUCGCCCCGGAGUACUACGAUAAUUUGCCCUAUCACUCAUCUCUGACCAAAGUCAUGUGGGAUUUUAUUUUCGACCGCAAUAUGGGACCACACGCUCGCGGUGUCGGGUACGUUAAGGACGAAGCUGUUGGGAAAUACACGUAAUUGUCUAUGAUCUGUCAAUUUUAAGACUUUUUCUCGUCAUAUUUUGUGUAUUACAUGGCUUUGUGUUUAUUUCUAGGCCACAAACCUACUUGGAGGAUGAUUUUGCCUGCAAGCAUGGAAAGCUUUAUAUAUCAAACAGCUGUGCUUUUUCAGACUAUUCAGUGGAUUGUCGUGGUAACGGUAGGCACCGGUCAGGUAGAGAGACGGAGAGACAAUGGUGUCUCACACUGUGAGGUUAUUGAGCGUUACUCAAAUAAAGUGAAAGGACUGGUGAAAGCAGAUGUCACAGAGCUGCCUUGGUUUACGGGUUAAAUAUGAACGUUCAGGAUUAUAUCACACA